AUGCACUAUAUCAGACGAAUAGAAAGCAAAGCGGCAGAAAUGUACAGAUUGCGUUUCAUCUAUGGUUUCCUUCAUUUAUAUAUUGGUCAGGAAGCAAUAGCCACUGGUAUGAAACCGGCGAUAUCGGAAAAAGACGCUUUGAUCACAUCUUAUCGGUGUCAUGGAUUUGCUGUGGUACUUGGCAUUUCGGCACGACACAUUUUUGCGGAAUUAAUGGGUCGAACAACUGGAACUUCGAAAGGAAAAGGUGGUUCCAUGCAUAUGUACGGAGAACAGUUUUAUGGAGGCGAAGGAAUUGUUGGUGGUCAGCUACCGGUCGGUACUGGAUUAGCAUUUGCUCAAAAAUAUAAUAGUACAGGCGGUAUUGCGUGGGUAAUUUAUGGAGAUGGUGCCGCGGAUCAGGGUCAAGCCUUCGAAGCAUAUAAUUUGGCAAAAUUGUGGAGUCUCCCGGUUGUAUACGUAUGCGAGAAUAAUAAAUACAGUAUGGGAACGGCAACAUAUAGGCAUUCGGCGAAUACUGAUUAUUACACGCGAGGGGAUCUGAUUCCAGGUGUACAGGUAGAUGGAAUGAAAGUAUUAGAUGUUUACGAAGCUGCGAGAUUCGCGAAAGAUUACGCUCUACGGAAAGGUCCUAUUAUUCUCGAGAUGGUCACGUAUCGAUACUUUGGGCAUAGUAUGGCGGAUCCUGGUACCUCCUAUCGUUCCAGAGAAGAAGUGAAAUUGGUACAAGCCAAACAAGAUCCUAUUAAAUGGUUGACCAAACAGAUAAUUGAUAAUGGUCUAAAAACUCAAGAAGAAAUUGAAACAUACGAAAACGAAGAAUUGGAAAUAGCUAAAAAUGAUCCAACGCCAGAUAUAACGGACGUCGGACUACAUCUUUACGCAAAACCAUUGGAAAAAGUACGCGGUAAAGUACCUUGGGAGAGUUGGUAA